AAGAAGAAGAGAAGGCGCACACAGCGAGGAAUAACAGGAGAAUGGGGCGGAAAGUGACUCUUGCUACUUGCUCGUUAAAUCAGUGGGCUUUGGACUUUGACGGCAACUUGGAGAGAAUACUAAGCAUGGGUAUGGCUGUGCAGACCACUUCUAUGAAUCGGAUACAUUGCUCCACUCGUUUGAAGUUCUUCAGAAGCUUCUAGAAUCUCCCAUCACCCAGGACAUCAUCUGUGAUGUUGGGAUGGUCGCAGGGGCAUGCUGGAGCCUACCCAGCUGACUUCGGGCGACAGGCGGGGUACACCCUGGACUGAUCGCCAGCCAAUCGCAGUGCACAUAUAGACAAACAACCAUUCACACUCACAUUCAUACCUAAAUUUUUCGAUAUCAUUCAUUCCUAAUUUUAUCCCUUACAUUUCAGUUUGAGGCAUGUCAGAAUUAUUCAAAAAAUUGGUAAAGAAUGUUUUUGUUGAUACUCAAUAAACAGCAGGUAAGUAUAUGCAGUCAAAAAGUUCCUUUAAAUAGACUCAUUAAUAUUGGGUUUGUGGAAUAGUGGAAACUUUGUCAGCAUCAUGAAUCCACUCCAGAAUGUCCGACGACCCAAAGCCAUUUUCCCCAUAAGAAGUCAUGUAAAUCCAAUUAAUCCGUUGCAGAAAGCCAAAAAUCUUAACAAGCCGCUAUUUAUAGUUUUACAAUGAAAGGGAUAAAUGAACAUUUAAGGUUACUUUUACCUUAAUUGAAGACAUGAUUGUUGCCAAAGACACGAUGUGGCAGCGAGAUCAACACAGUAUUUUGCUAUGAGUUAUUUCAUGAAGUCAAACCGUUUCUCAAACCCAAAUAUCUGCUUUUCUUUUGAUCACGGCUGCAAAAUAAGCCAAAAUGGAGACAAAGAAAGUUGCAAUUGCCAGCAUUUUGAUAAAGAAGUUGAGAAACACAAGAGACUUCAAGAAAUAACUCAUGACAAAAUGCGAAGGCGAUGUCUGUGUUGAUCUCGCUACCACAUCCAGGGUUUCCCCUAGGAUUUUUUUAAGCUGUGGUGGUGGGCUGCAUGGGAGGACGGACUGCCACCGCUGUGUCGUGCCACUGCUGUGUCUGCAAUUUUUUUAUUAUGACAAAUGACCAUUUUUUAUGACUUAUUUAUUUAACAUGAACCAAGAACAUUGUAAAACCGAUUUAUGGCAAAGUGAGAGUCUAAAAUGUUGGGCCUUUUGAUCUAUUUAGUCCAAUAGUAUGUAUGACUAGUACAAAAGUACAACAUUUUGUACUAUUUGAAACAAACCUAAAUUUAAUUUGAUGCCUGUUUUAGAGGAUUACGUGUUAACACAUGUUAUUUUUGCUGCAAAAUAGCACAAUUAACAAAAUAAACAACUGAAAAAAUUUAGUUAUAGAAAUUUGACCUGUUUAAACAGUAUAAAUUCAGAGUCCAGGGUUAUGAUAGCACAGGUGUAUCCAACCUGCAGCAUUAUUAAAUCUACUUUGACAAAAAGAAAGGAGACGUGAGCUAUCUUGCGAUUGCGGUUUAAUGUGUGAUUAUUUUUUUCAAGGUCCUCUUCUCUUGUAUUUUUCUGCAAACACAAGCAAAAAUCAUUCUGUCUUAUAAUAAACAAUAUCAGAUUUAUUAUACAGACUGUGACUGUGUGGCCAACAUUCUAACCACUAGACCGCCAUGCGGCCUCCAGAACAUUUCAUGUUUCAAAAAACAUGACAUGUAAACAUGUGAACUGAACUUGUUAAACACUGUCUGAACUUAACUAGACAGUCUAUAAACAAUUGAAUAAAACAUACAUACUGUGUGUAAAAAAAUAAAGCUUCCUCAUGUCCAGUCAGUAUCAUCACACAUACUAAAGUGCAGGAAAGACAAGGACAAUAAGUAUCUGCUUUAACCAACUGGACAUUUUUCGGCAAAUUAUUUUAGGUAAAGUAUUUUUUUUUUUAAUCUUAAGAAGGAACCAGUCCAGUGUGUACCCCGCCACUGGGAUAGGCUCCAGCAUACUUCUGCGACCACAGUAAGGAUAAGCGGCAUAGAAGAUGGAUGGCUGGAUCUUAAGAUGGAAAAAAAACAUUUUGAACACAAAUUAAAUUAUUAUAUUCACUCAGUAACAGUCGCACACAACACACUAAAUUGCAAAAUGAGUAUGGCACUGUCAACCAGAAAGAUUCUUCUGUAUAGUUCUCAGGAGAGCUCUAGCUCAUAGAUAUUUUGCAAGGAAAACCAGCAUGUCAGCUUUUGCUGGUUUUAAAGACGAGCGAGUGUGGGUCCCUUCAGCACUAAAAAGACGCUCAGAGGGAGCACUUGUUGAAGGAACACAGACAUACUACAGUACUUGUGGGCCAUCUUGCACAGUCGCUCGUGAGGUAGCAACAGUAGUGAGGCAGGUUCUGCACAAUACCUGACGUGCAACGUCUUCAUUUUUAUUACCCAAAAUAAAUCCACCUAAUUUAUUGUGCCCCCUCUUUGCUACUAAGCUUUCUGCAGUGGAGCCUGAGGCCAUAGUGCAACAGCUUCACGGUCACAUUCACUUGACUUCUUUGCCUGCCUGCUCUGCUCCGCUCGCUCACAAUGCAAGACGCGCAGAUUAUGUGACCAGUUGCAGUCUUUGCGGUUAGAAAACCAUGUUUUAUCACAUCGUAAUAGUAGCGCAAAUGCGAUUAAUUGUUCAGCCCUACUUAACAGUACUCUACAGUCCUGGAAAAAAUGAUGAGUCUACUCUUGUUUAUUCAGUUUCUUGUUCAUUUUAACGCUUGGUACAACUAAAACUUUUUCCAGCGAGGGCCACAUACUGAAAAGGAUGCCAGGGCUACUUUGAAAUUUUGUAAAGUAACGCGUAGUGUAGAUAUAGUGUAGAUAAGAAGUUGUAUAUAUUUCCAGAAAAACUGCAUUUCAACUCUUUGAUGUAGGUGAAAAAACGUAUUAGUGUCACCUUCACUCUUUGCUCUUUUUUCCACAUUUUUGCUGUUUUUUUAUUUUCCAAAUAUUUCAACUUUGUUCAAAAAUGAUUUUUGUAAAUUUUCUUUUCAUAAUAUUAUGACUCUUAUCAUGAUAUUAUUAAUUUAUUCUCAUAAUAUUAUAACUUUUUCUGUAACCUAAUUUUCUAAAAAUUACAACUUUCCUUGGUUUUGUUUCUCAUUAUAUUAGAAUAAAAAAAAAUAACCAGGUUUUCUUUAAUAUUUCAGCUCUGUGAUACUAAAAUGACAUUAUUUUUCCUCAUAUAUAUAUAUAUAUAUAUAUAUAUAUACAGUAUAUGGAUAAAGAUGUUGAAUGUUACUUGAUUCAGUCUGCCUGUCUGUGACGUAAUCACCACGCGCCAGCAGACAACAAAAGGUAGCAUGGUGGAUGGCAGAGGACUCUUUUGCAAAGAGGGAGAUGAGUCACCUCCCUGUAAGAAGAAGGCCUUAGAACAAGGGUCUCAAACUCAAUUUCAUUGGGGGCCAGUGGAGGUAGAGUCUGGGUGAGGCUGGGCCGCAUCAAGUAUUGGGAGUAGGGCUGGGAAUCUCAGGGUACCUCACGAUACGAUACAAUUCACAAUACAUCCAUUUGAUAAGACCGCUGUUAGUUCAGUGUUGGUGUUUACUUGCCCCAGUAAGUAUGUAAGUAACACUGAGCUUGCCUGGAUGUUGUGGACUGCAGUUACACUACUCUUCGAUGUCCAGUCGCGGGCCGCAAGAUACGAUUUGGUGGGCCGCAAAUGGCCCGCGAGCCGCGAGUUUGAGACCCCUGCCUUAGAUGCACUGUUUGCCGAUUCUUCUUUCACUGCACGGUCUAAUCAAUUUUUCCAUGAAUGUAUACAAUAUUCAUUCUAUAGCUUAUGAGUACAAGAGUCACUAUACUUGUUUCAGUUUCUUCCAAACUGCUAUUUGAGCACUGGUGUGUCGUUAUUUGAGUGUUAUUUCCCUUCAGGCCCAUCAUGCAUCACAACGUACGAUACAACUGCCGGGUGAUUUUCCUCAACAGACAAAUCCUGUUGAUUCGGCCAAAGAUUGUGAUGGCGAACCAUGGCAACUACAGAGAGAUGCGCUGGUUCUCACCUUGGACAAAGUUGAGGAAAGUAGAGGAGUACUUCCUACCCAGGAUGAUCCAGCUGGUCACAGGGCAGGAUACAGUCCCAUUUGGGGACUGUGUGCUCUCCACAAAGGAUACGUGUAUUGGUACAGAAAUGUGUGAAGAGCUGUGGCACCCCACUAGCCCUCAUAUCCAGAUGGGCCUUGAUGGGAUUGAAAUCUUUACAAAUUCUUCUGCAAGCCACCAUGCGCUUCGAAAAGCUGUCCAGAGGAUCAAUUUGAUCAAGUCAGCAACCACCAAGAGUGGAGGUAUCUACCUGUAUGCAAAUCAGAAGGGGUGUGAUGGAGACCGACUGUAUUAUGACGGAUGUGCAAUGGUGGCCAUCAACGGGGACAUCGUGGCACACGGAGCACAGUUCUCUUUGAACGAUGUGGAAGUGAUUACAGCCACUUUGGACCUUGAAGAUGUACGCUGCUACAGAGGAGAGUUAUGUCAGCUGCAGAUGGGAAGUGACUCCAAACCCUCCUGUAGGAUCAAAGUAGACUUUUCCCUAUCCAGUAAUGAUGACGUCUGGCUCGCCCCCCACCGGCCAAUAACAUGGAACUUCCAUACACCAGAGGAAGAGAUCAGCCUUGGACCGGCCUGCUGGCUGUGGGACUACCUCAGGAGGAGUGGACAGGCUGGCUUUCUGUUGCCGCUAAGUGGGGGUGUUGACAGCUCCUCAACAGCUUGUAUUGUCUACUCCAUGUGUGUGCUGGUCUGCAAAGCUGUAGCAAAUGGCAGCAAGCAGGUACUGGAAGAUGUUCGUAGGAUAGUUGGAGAGGAAUCCUACUUCCCUCAGCAGCCAAGGGAGCUUUGUGGUCAUAUCUUCACCACCUGCUACAUGGCCACUGAAAACUCAUCACAUGACACUUGCAACCGUGCCAAAGAGUUGGCCAGUCAAAUUGGCAGCACGCAUAUGAAUGUAAACAUCGACAUGGCAGUGAAAGGUAUUCUGGGUGUCUUCUCGAUGGUCACUGGGAGGUGGCCUGCAUUUCGUGCCAGUGGAGGAAGCCACAGGGAAAACUUGGCUUUGCAGAAUGUACAGGCGAGGGUCAGGAUGGUGCUGGCCUAUCUCUUUGCCCAACUGAGUCUGUGGACUCGAGGAAAAGCAGGAGGGUUGUUGGUGCUGGGCUCAGCCAACGUCGAUGAGAGUCUGACAGGCUAUUUUACGAAGUACGACUGUUCCAGUGCUGACAUCAACCCCAUUGGAGGCAUUAGCAAGGAUGACCUGAAGGCCUUCCUACGUUACUGUGUGGACCACUUCCAGCUCACCGCUCUGAAAAGCAUAAUGGCUGCUCCACCCACAGCUGAACUCGAGCCACUCGCUGAUGGACAGGUGGCACAGACAGACGAGGCUGACAUGGGGAUAACCUACUCAGAGCUAUCAGUCAUUGGUCGACUCAGGAAGAUCUCUAAAUGUGGACCUUUCAGUAUGUUCUGUAAACUCAUUCACAUGUGGAAGGAAGUGUUUUCACCCACAGAGGUUGCCCAGAAGGUGAAGCACUUCUUCAGGAUGUAUUCUGUCAACCGCCACAAGAUGACCUCAGUGACUCCAUCCUACCACGCUGAGAGCUACAGCCCUGACGACAACCGCUUUGACCUCCGACCCUUCCUAUACAACACGCGCUGGGAGUGGCAGUUUCGCUCCAUUGACAGUCAGGUAUCCUUGCACAUUAUACAACGUUUGCAUUCUGCACCAGAUAUUCAUGCCAUCACAGCUUUGUUUGGUCCACGAAUAAUGCAUGUGUUUUGUAAAAGCACAAUAUCAACAUAGGCUAGAAAUGCUAUUGAUGGCAUCGAACAGCCACUUGCCUUGAAACUCGUAAAGCGACAAACACCUUCUUUAUCAAAAUGCUGGCACUUGCAACUUUCUUUGGCUCUAUUUUGGCUUAAUUUGCAACCAUGAUCAAAAGAAAAGCAGAGACUUGAGGUGAGAAACACUAAUGAAUUCAAGAAAUAACUCAUGGCAAAAAAAAAAAAAAGGCGGUGUCCAUGUUGAGCUCGCUGCCACGUCGUGUCUUUGGCAACAAUCACGUCUUCAAUGAAGGUAAAGAGUAAAAGUAGUUAUAUAUGUUCAUUUAUCCCUUUCAUUCAUCAUUUAUGUAUACAGUGGUGCCUCGGUUGGUGUCAUUCAUUUGUUCCAGAGGGCCUGACUCAAACCAAAAUGGACUCCAACCAAGGCAUGUUUUCCCAAAAUAAUGUAAAUCUAAUUAAUCCGUUCCAGCCACAAAUUUUAACACAAAACACAUUUAUAGACAAUGAUUAUAGUUUUACAUGCAGGAAAAGAUGCAAACAUCAUUGAAAAGGACAAAUUAAUAGACAACUGAAUAUUUAACAUCACUUUUACUUUUAUUGAAUGCUCUUUGCAAACAACACACGGAGACAGGAGCGUUGGAGGAGUUUGGAGGCACGUUUUUAAUUUUUGAACCACGCUCUGCUUGCCUUAAAUUCAUCAACAGACUCACUCGUUGCAGGCGUUUUCUUCGUUAGAUCCACAUACAGCAGCCUCACCUCUGGAAGUGUCUCUUGCGAGCUCCCGCUAGCCGUUGACCCACACCAGCAGCAACUUCUCAACAUCUUGGAUGGUUUGUGGUUUCUGUUUUGUCAACGCCAUUACUCCUUUCGCAACAUUAGCAUCCUUGAUUACAUUGUUAUUCUUCAGGACGGUACUUAAUGUUGAUGAGGGCUUCCAGUUCAUCUCGUUGAGAUCGGCAACACGGACGCAGUCUUCAAACUUUGCAACGACUUCUUUUUUGAAUUGUGGUCUUCACCCUCUUUGGAAUAUUGCUGUCAUUCGCAACCUUCUCUUGACUCACAGCAGCUUAUUUAGAGUUGGUCACACUCAAUGAAAAAAAUGCACGAACAGGAGUCAUCAACGUCGAGGCUCCAUUGUAUGGCCACUUGAUUCCAGAUGCCUUACACGUAGUAUGUGCCCUACAGGCUGCUGUAGUAGCGUGUGGACUACUGUAAGUAUCGCUAGAGUUCUUUGUUGGCGCAUGAUCCAAGAUGGAUGCGUAAUACAACAGUUUGGUACGUGCGCUAUAUUUCACGCUAACCAAGGCAAAUUUUUGAAUACAUUUUGGAUGUUAACCAAAAAAUGCGCUAAGUGGGGUGGACAUUAACCGAGGUACCACUGUAUUUAGAACUGUUUUCUGCGUGUAAAACAGUUCUAAAUACAGUGGUACCUGUGUGGCAGGAUGGACUUGGUAACCCAGAACAGAAAGGAGUUCCUGUUGUGUCAUUGCUGGCUUCAGGAUGUCUCGUCCCAGUGCAAGGGUAGACGGCAACAGAGAAAACAGGCUAGGAGAAGGCAGGGACGGAAACAACAACAAACAGAACAGAACAGCCGGUGAAUGUGACAGUGUGUUUUAAGAUUUUUGAUAUUUUUUGGACUUGUGGUGAGUUAGUCAGCGAAGAAUUACAGUUAACCGCUGAUAACAUCAUAGAUGGGCGACAGAGCUGACUUCCGCUUCCUGUUUAGGAUAGGAUGAUAACAAGGAUUUUUAAAAUAAAAUACAUUAACACAGUUUAUUAAUAACACAAGACGCUUGCCAUGUUGUACGCCAAUCGGAAAAUAAAAUCAAGGCAACAUUUUGGCGUAAACUGUUGACGUUAACGGAAAAGCACACUAACCGGGGUGUACUCUAACCGAGGUUGUAUCAGGAUUUACAGCAUUACUCACAUUUCUUAAAAACACAUUAUGUUGAACUCACUAUGAUGCAGUGCAGUUUUACGCCACCGCAAACUACAACUGCAGUAAUAAUAAAUAUAUUCCCAAAUGAAUGAUGAUGAAAACCGGGCAUGGUUAUCUUUGUCAAGGAUACAUGUCUCUGAUUGUGCAGGGGGCCAUAAAGUUGUCAGCCCAUGUGAGAAGAAAGCAAAUGCUUUUCAUGCACUCAUUUGGACGGCAGCAGUUACAGUAGAUGAUGCCCGGUGGGAUACAACGUGGUCAUAUGCGAUCAUGCAUUUUUAGUUUCCUCGGACAAGAUCUAUGGACGUCCUUCAUCUUUUUUUCUCUUUGCCCUCAGGUGUCCAAGAUGGCAGCAAACAUGCCAAAGUCGUAAGGCUUGACCAGUGUGUAGUUCAAAUAUGUUAUGUAAUGGGACUACAACUGCUGCAGAAAGAGAUUUGCAUCGUCUGAAAAUGUUUCAUGUCUUAAAUGAAUACCAACAACUCCAGAAUGUUGUUUUUAUGACUUCCAAGAGAAGUUACGUGUAAUAGAACUCAUAAAAGAGGCUAUAAAAUGGUAACGUGCUCGAUAACGCUUGUCACUGGUAGUUUAGUGCUUCACAUGGCUGACUUUCAUGCAGCCAGCAUCGGAUCAAUUCCCCCCCUCAGUGACUACACUCAAAAUGAUUUAACCCUCCUUAAAUUCUAUUUGCAAACUGGAUAGACUUGCAGGUGUUGGCCCUGAAUAUUUACUUUGUCUUUGAAAACAUUUGUGUGAUAAGUAUGUUUUGUAUAAUCAUCUGCAUGGAUUCAGAGAGAAAAGAAAUGGUGCUUUGCCAAAGGCAUUUGACACUUCAUUCUAAAAUCAUCUUAAUGGAAUUAAAUAAAAGGGUUUUAAAAUGGUUCCAUAGCUAUUUUCAUGAAAGUGAACUAUUUGUUUGCAGUAUAGUAAUAAUCAAACUUGUAAUGGAGCUAAACUAGUUUGUGGGGUUCUUCAGGGUUCCAUUUUGGGAGCUCUUUUUAUUUUCUAAUUUACAGUCAUCCCUCGCAACCUCACGCUUCGAAUUUCACGCUUUCACUCUAUCAUGCUUUUUCAAAAAUAUAUUAGAAAUGAGAAAGAAAUCGUGCUGCUUUGUAAUUGACAACGGCCCAUUAUUAGUUUUAAAAAAAGCAUAUUUAAGCAAAUUAUACACAUUUUUUGCCUAAAUGAAGUAUUGAUGAUGAUGAUGAUUUAUUUGAACUGUUUUUUUUCCCUCACAUUCUUUCACAUCAGUAUAUAUCAUAUCAGAAUUCCAAAUGUCCAAAAGGAGCAGGAAGAAACAGAGCUUAUCCAAUUACUGAUACAUUUCACAUCAAUGGCUGAUACGUACGCAUGUGCAAUUCCCAUUCAUCAUGUUCCCUUUACCAGUUGUGAAUAACACAAGGAAAUGGUAAAGCAAUGUAAGUGCAUCACAAUGAAUUUGAGGCCUGUAAAUCUGCAUGGACAAAUUGCUGCAAAUUGCAUAAAGUGUAGUUUUCAUACGGUGUAGCAUAGUAUUUCCCUGUGGUUCCCAGUAUUUUGAAAUGAGUCAUUUUAGUGCACUGUUUGAGUUCUUUACUCAGUUCGUUCCAUAAUUUGAUUCCACAUACUGAUAUGCUGAAGGUUUUUACCGCUGAGCGGGCGUAUAAGUGUUUUAAGUUUAUUUUUUUCCUCAGGUCAUAUUUCUCCUCUCUUGAUGAAAAGAACCAUAUUACGUUUUUGGGUUAUUUUUAGCUUUAUGUGUCAUUUUAGCUGUUUGAAGGUUUACCAGGUCAACACAUUUUAAUAGUUUUUCCAGCAUAAAAAUGUCUAAAUGAAUUGGAAUACAAAUUCAAAGACGUUGUGAUGAUAUGUGGUUUUCUACACUGGUCACUAGGUGUCAGUAAUGUUACUGUAAUGUUGGGUGAGACACACAAGCACCAGACUUGAUAUCUGGAACAACAGCCUUUUAUUGCAUCUUUGAAUGAUCUCAUAACAGGCACAAUAAUCCCUAACCCAUGCAAAGCCAUAACUCAACUCUGAAACCUCGACGUCAUUUCCUGUCCACCUCUCCUUCAUGUCCCCUAGAGAACACAUUUAAAGUAACACACACGAGCAUGAGUCUUAUUUGUCUUAAAUGUCUUAUUUACUCUUAUUAUGUCUACUAUAUUGGUAAUGCAAAUGUUGAGGUGACUAUAGGGGUGUUAUUUCAUGUUUAGAGGUUUCUAAUAAUGUUAAAUCAUAUUUAGAAGGUCGGUUUUCUAUGCUCUAAUUAAUAAAAUAUUCCAUUUAUAAAUAAGAAAUCUGACUUGGCGGAAAUUCACUUCUGGAACCAACCAACGAGGGAUUACUGCACAUCAGUGAUUUAAAAACUGUUUGUAAAAAUGUAUUGCCAUUUAUGUUUGCAGAUGAUACCUGUCUUUAAUAUCACUUUCCAAUCUAGGUGAGACCUGACGAGAGAAGCCAACGACUCAUCUAGUAACUUACCUAACCUACCUUCUGAUUUUCAGUACAAAAGGCAAAAGAUGCAAUAUAGAAGAUGUGAAAUUAUUAUUUGAUGGCAUCAAAAUCAGCCAAUUAGCCUCAAAUCAAAUUUUAGGAGUGACUGUGGAUGAGAAAUGAACUGGAAAACAACAUCCAGGUACUAAAUACCGUAUGUCUGCAAAAAGAUGAUGAAAUGGUAUUGUGAGAAGAGGCCUUGACUGCUAAAGUGCCUCAACAUGCCCAGGCUUUGUGCUCAUGAUUAGGGUUGUGUGAUAUGGACCUGAGCAUGUAUCACGAUAUUUUUGGAAUGUAACACGAUAUGACGAUAUCAUUAAAUUCAGCAGAGUCUUGUAUAAAAAGCUACAAACUUUAACCCAUACAAUGAAAUACACUUGCCUCCAAUUAUAAAGCACAUUUAUUGAUUUAUUGUUAACAAACUGUGCAAUCCAGCAAGUGCAUUUAGUUUCUACCAAACUAAGCGUUUUGCAGUAGACUGGCUAAGUGUAGACGUGCUCGCUGACUCCGUCUCACGCUUCAUGACACACGUGUGUCUGUGCAAAAACUGAGUUGAGUAUGAAGAGUACUCUUCAUACUCAACUCAGUUUUUUUUUUUAGUAGAAGAAAUUUGUCGUGUUUCCACCUUUUGCCGUCACUGUUGCUUUGCAAACUCUGCAUAUUACGGUCUCGUGUGCCAUUUCUGCUCGAUCGAAACCAAACCACUUCCAUAGUACAGAGGUACCUCCCCUUUAGGAACAGUUUCUUCGUCUAUAGUCUCUCCUCCACCUUCAGCCAUGCUCAUUUUCUCUCUUUUGUUGUCUCUGCUCUCUCUGCCUUUCUCCACCACCGCUGCUUAAGGGCCCUAUGAAAUCUGUUCUUUUUUUUCAAAAUUCAGUUUUAAUUUUUUUUAAUUCUGUUUUUUACAUUUUAAAGUUUUUUUUACCAGCAUAGAGUGUGUGCUUUAUGAGUUAGUGAAUAAAAUGUCCGUUAAUUAAAUGCAAAAAUCCUUAUAUUUUAAUGAUGAAACAGAUCAAUGGACAGUUUUUCCCAGUAAUGGAGAAAUGGGUGUAGCCUGGCUAACUUUCUGAUGGAAUGUCAGCCUCUGCACACAUCGCUACAAAAUCUUCAAGAAACUGUAAUGCCUGCGCUUGUGAUGAAGGAAGAUGUAAUCACCAAUGCAGUUCCAACUGCAUAUGUAAGAUAUUUUGUAACGUAUUCUAGCUCUUAUUUUGAAAGGCCAAAAGUGUGUUCUGUGGGUGUUGAGCAUGUCUGUGAGCUCGGUGCAAGAAUAAACGUGUUUCUCAUCGUUUUUCACUCAGAACCUGCACGUCGUCAUCCGACAUUGUGAAACACUCCUUACAUUAAAGCGGUAAAACACAACGUGGUGAAGAUAUACUCAACUUAACUAAGCUAACCCAACUAGUUUUCAUUGACGCUCUGUAAGAGGAGGUUCUGCCAACCUUUGCCGGUGUUUGCCAUUUCAAUAUGUUUAGUUCGGGAGAAGGCGGUUUAGUGUUUGUAAUAAGAUUCCACCACAAUUGAGCAGUCCGCCGAGUAAACCCCAAGGACUGGUAAAUUACUAUUCCGUUAAUGCGGGCCCUACGUGCUGUGGCACACGUGAGGCGCCAGUGCGUCAGUAUAUUACGCCGCGGUGUGCAGUUGCAGGAAAAACACAUCAACUCUGCUUUUUUCCACAAGUUAUCAUAAAGUUAUAUAAAAAUGAUCGCCUAACCUAAAUUCCCCAAACAGAGUUAAACGGUACCACAACAGUGGUUAUCAGCUCAGUGCACGUUCACAUAAAGGGGGGCAUUUGAAGUCAUAUUAUUCUACUUCUGCACAAAAAUUGAGCGGUCCCAGACACAACUCUUUUACACAAGAGGAGCAAGUAAUUAUUAUGGAGCGUUAAAAACAUUAUCACAGCCAAAAAGGAGGACUGUUGGCAGAAAAUUGCUGAGCGUGUAAAUGCAUAAGUUAAAGUGUUACAAGUUCUCGUGUCACAAGAUCUUGCGAGAUUAAAAUGUGACAGGAUUUCUUGUACAGAAAAAAAAAUCUCGCCUGAGGUGAUAAUAAAUAGAUUAAUCACACAGUAAUGAAAAUGAACUUGAUCAUAUUCCCGGCCUCAAUAUACAGUAUUGCCACGUGCAUGCAUGUCUGUUUUCCUCUCUCUCUGUGCAUUGGUUUCAGCACCUUGGUGCGUUUGUUCCGUAGAACAACCACAUGAAUGGAGUGAGCCCUUUUGUCAGUCAUACAGUCUCUGUCCAUGUGGGCUGUGGCAAACACACGGACUGCAGAAGAGUGUAAUGUAGUAGAAAUUUAAUUUGUAGAUUGCAAUAUGUUGUAUAUUUUUUCAUUCUACUUUUCUGAAAAGUAACGUUCAAAUCUCGUUCUCAGAGACCCAAUCUCGUGUAUCAUUUCGUGACACCCCUAGUAAACACUGUUUUCAUUUCUGAAAGCUCACAAUUGCGCACCUUUUACAUAUGAACACUUAUCAGUUUAAAAAAUAAACCAGAGGAACAGGUUUUUUUUGUCUAUAUUGUUUUCAUACCGGGGCUGCACGGUGGUCGAGUGGUUAGCAUGUUGGCCACACAGUCACAGUCUGGAGAUAGGAAAGACCUGGGUUCGAUUCUCCCUUGGUUUGCAUGUUCUCCUCGUGCGUGCGUGGGUUUUCUCCGGGUACUCCGGUUUCCUCCCACAUUCCAAAAACAUGCAUGUUAGGUUAAUUGGAGACUUUUUUUUUUUUUUUUUUUUUUUUUUACCCCUGUCCUGUCCAGCCUUUAAAGCAGAUAGAAUUGUAUACCUAAAUGCCGUCAAGUGCUCAACAGAUUUACUCUGCCAGAGAGAAGUGUGAUAUACACUUCCCCUGUCAUACAAAAUUUAUUCGACCUUGAUGCUUGUUAUAAAGCAAAUUUGGAGCGACCGGACCGGAGCAGGAGGGGACAGAGAAGAAGAGAAAAGGAAACAGGGGGGGCGAGAGGGGACAAAAACAAAAAAAAGAGAGACAAGAGACAAGGACAACAGCAGCAACAACAACAAUUGUGACAGAACAACAGAAACAUACAGAACGACAUCAGCAAAUAAAUGUCCGUGACAACUAUAAAGACGAACAAGGAUAAAGGACAAAUCAAUAUCAACAACCACAAUGACAAAGCUGUCAAUGACAAUCAGACAUAAUAGCAGUCAUGAAAUGAUGAGCUAUGACAGUGAUCACAAUGACAAUACUGCAUUGAAACAGUCGCACACAAUAGCAGUCAUGAAAUGAUGAAUUAUGAUAGUGAUCACCAUGAUAAUACCGCAUUGAAACAGUCACACAUAACUGUAGUAAUGAAAUGAUUAUCCAUGAUAGUGAAUAGAAUCAAAGUUACUGUAAUGCACAUCAUUGUAAAAAAAAUAUAUAUAUAUAUACAUAUACACAUAUAUAUACAUACAUACAUACAUAUAUAUAUAUAUAUAUAUACACACAUAUAUACCGCACAUACACACAUAUAUAUAUAUAUAGUCAUACUGCUGAUAUCACCGUCGCUGUAAUAAAACCAACAACAUAACACCCUGGUUAACUCAGUGAGUAAUGUGGGGAAGUACGUAUGUACUGUGAGUGUGCAUAUGUACAGGUAUCUCUGUAUGUAAGGAAGACUUCAUAUAUAUAUAAAGGUGCAUGAAUGUGUGGGCGUGUGAUUGUCACUGAGAGUGCAUGAAAGGAAAGGGACCGCCUUCCACCUCCCAGAGAGCCCCGCCCCAAAUAGCAAGGCCGGGCCCCGGCCGCCAGAAGGCCACCAGGCCCAUAGGGGCAGGCAGCACAAAGAUCAGUGCCCCAAGAGCCAGCCCAGAGAGCCCCCCCCCCCCCGGGAAGACCAGUAAGGGGCCGAGAUCACACCCCACAAAGGCAGACGGGUACCGGGGGCCACAAACCGGCAGGCCCAGAGACGCCUCCACAGCCGGAAAGAAGCCCGCCCGCGCCGGAAGCGCCAAUUCCCGCCCACCCCCACCCCCAGGGAGCGGAGCCCGGCCCGCCCCGGGCCAACCCCCGCCCGACCCCCGACACAGGGCCGCCCCGCCAAGGGAUGCAGGAGGCACACCCUCCACCCACCCGGCGGAGGCACGGGCGGCAGAGAUGUAUCGCCCAGCACCUGACCCCACGGAGCAAACCCCUGUAUGCCCCCCCCAAAAAUAAAUCACUAAAAUAAAUAAAAGUACACACACGCACGCACAUACACACUCCUACACACCCACACACACGCACAUAAACACUCCUACAAGAGUGGAGACUCUAAAUGGUCCAUAGGUAUGAAUGUGAGUGGGAAUGGUUGUUUGUCUAUAUGUACCCUGUGAUUGGCUGGCGACCAGUCCAGGGUGUACCCCGCCUGUCGCCCGAAGUCAGCUUGGAUAGGCUCCAUGCCCCCACAACCCUAAUGAGGAGAAGCAGCAUAGAAAAUGGAUGGAUGUUUUCAUACACUCCUGAUCAAAAUCUUAAGACCAGUUGAAAAAUUGCUCGAAUUUGCAUUUUGCACAUUUGGAUCUUAAUGAGAUUUUAAGUAGAGCUACAAUAUGCAAAAACAAGAAAGGGGAGUGAGACAAAAAGCACUUUGAAAAAGUAAUUUAUUGAAAACAACAAACUGAAAUAGGCAGGUUAUCAGCUGAUCAAAAGUUUAAGACCAUCGCUCAAAAAAUAACAAAAAACUCUCCAAACCAGAACAAAAAAUGUUCUCAGUAGGACUCAGUAAUGAGUAGCUCCACCGUUCUUGUUCAUCACUUCAAAAAUCGGUUUGGGCAUGCUUGAUGCGAGUGUUUCCAGGAGGCUAGUGGGAACAUUGCUCCAAGUGGUGAAGAUGGCUUCAUGAAGGGCAUCAACUGUCUGGAACUGGUGGCCAUUUUUAUAAACUUCCCUUGCCAUCCAUCCCCAAAUGUUCUCUAUGGGAUUUAAAUGAGGGGAACAUGCAGGAUGGUCCAAAAGAGUGAUGUUAUUCUCCCUGAAGAAGUCCUUGGUCAAGUGAGCAUUGUGAACUGCAGCGUUGUCCUGUUGAAAAACCCAGCUGUUACCACACAGACGAGGGCCCUCAGUCAUGAGGGAUGCCCGCUGCAACAUCUGCAUCCGUUUGACGACCCUGCACUACCUGAAGCUCCAGUGUUCGACUGAAUGAAAAAGCACCCCAGACCAUGAUGGACCCCCCUCCACUGUGUCGGGUAGAAAACAUCUCAGGUGGGAUCUCCUUGUCAUGCCAGUAACGUUGGAAGCCAUCUGGACCGUCAAGGUUACAUUUUUUUCUCAUCAGAGAAUAAAACUUUUUUUCCACCUUUCAAUGUCCCAUGUUUGAUGCUCCCUGGCAAAGUCUAAACAGGCAGUUUUGUGGCGUUGAAGGAGACGAGGUCUUUGAAAUUCUUUUUUAAACCCUUUUCCUGCAGAUGCCGUCUGAUGGUUAUUGCACUGCAGUCGGCACCAGUAAGGGCCUUAAUGUGGGUGGAAGACCGCCCUGUGUCUUGAUGGACAGCCAAUCGGAUCCUCCGGCUCAGCGCAGGUGUGAUUUUUUUGGGUCUACCACUUGACUUUUUUGUUCCCUAAUGCUCAGGAUCUUUCAAAAAAUGUAGAAUGACUGAUUUACUGCUCCCAACCUCAGCAGCAAUGACACGCUGCGAGAGGCCUCGCUUAUGCAGCUCGACAAUCCGACCACGUUUAAAAAGAGAAAGCUUCUUAGCUUUAGCCAUUAGGAGGGCAUGACAGUGUGAAUGCCUGACAGAAAAUGAACAUUUUGAGCAGAUUUGGGCUUUUAUAGCCUGUGGUCUUAAACUUUUGAUCAGCUGAUUAAAAGCCUAUUUCAGUUUAAUUGUUGUUUCAA